AUGUUCCAUAAUAGGCACGAUCUGCUAGGACGGAGAUGGCUAGGAUGGAAGAACUACCUUUUGCGUCAGUUGAUGACAUCUACAUGUUGGCAUGUCAAGACUUACCCGCAGAGGAUGCAUUCUCUAAGAAGAAUGAUGAGGGGUUCUAGGGACUUGGUCCACGACGGCCGUGAUGUCUGGCUCUGGCGGAGAGUGAUAUAUACCAGAUUCGCCGCCAGACAGAACCAUAUAAUGGUAUUAGUCGGGCGUAGGACACACGCCAGCGAGGCAAGGAUCAGACAUAUCCUCAGGCUAGACCUAUUAGUCUGGGAACAUAUGUAG